AUGACUUUCUCCAAGAUAAUCAAAGUCACCACUUGGGCCACCUACACUCUGGAAGGGAGGAUGGCAUUCAACCUUGAGAAUUUUCAACAACUCCAGGCUCUGAUAUUUGCUGUGGAGGAAAUCAACGCCAACCCCAAUAUUCUCCCCAAUAUCACCUUGGGAUUCCAAGCCUACGACUCCUGCAAUGUGCUACAGAAGGAUCUGGAAGGAAUGUUCCAGAUUUUGACAGGAUACAGCGGAGCCAUUCCCAAUUAUCGAUGUUUAAAAAAUAUUCCUGUUGCUGCUGUUAUUGGACCAUAUGUUUCCACGCAUGCAAUUCUGCUGGCAAAUAUUCUUGGGGUAUAUAGAUAUCCUCAGAUCAGCCAUUUCGCAACCAGCCGUCUUCUGAGCAACCACAUGAUGUUUCCUUCUUUCUUCAGGACAGUCCCCAGUGAUGCCUUCCAGUCACAAGGACUAGCAAAGUUGGUACUGUUUUUCGGUUGGACUUGGGUGGGGUUAUUGGCCGUAGACAAUGACUAUGGUCAGCAAGGAAUCCAAGUGGUCAAACAAGAAAUAGAAAAGGCUGGAGCAUGUGUGGCCUUUAGUGAGACAAUCCUUAUGAGUCUACCAGACCGCAAUGCAAAGCACAUUGUCAAAGUUAUUAAAGACUCAACUGCAACUGCUAUUGUCGUCUUUUCUCUUCCAGCUGAUUUUCUUCCUGUUCUGGAAGAGAUGUUGGUACAAAACAUCACCAAGAAAAUGUUAGUAGCAAGUGAAGGGUGGUCUACAUCUACUUUAUUUAUUGAUCAUAAAUUUACAGAUAUUCUCUAUGGCACUAUAGGCUUAGGACUUCAAAGUGGGCUUAUUCCAGGAUUUAGAAGGUUUCUCAACAAAGCCCACCCAUCAAGAGGUCUAGGGAAGUAUUGGCUGAAGCUACUUUGGGAGGAGAUCUUCACAUGCAAAUUCCUAGAAGAGAAAAACCUUACGGCUCCAACAGAGAAACCGGCAAACAUCUGUACAGGAAUGGAAAGUCUCGAGAGCAUCAGCAAUAAUUACAAUGACAUUUCAAGUUUGAGAACUACUUACAAUGUAUACACUGCCGUGCAUGUUGUGGCUAAAGCUUUGGAAGACCUUAAAAACUGCUGUGAUGCAGGAGAUUUAUGCCCUCAUCGUAGGUGCCCAGAUAUUUGGAAUUUUACACCAUGGCAGGCGACCCCUGUGAAAGGCUCGUUGGACCUCCAAAGGGGUCCCGACCCACAGGUUGAGAACCGCUAG